UUUCUCUUUCUUUUCAUUCAAGUGAUUCGUCGGAGAGGACGUGUUAAAGCAUGGCACCGACUAAUGUAGCUAAAAAACCAGCGGCCAAGGGCCAAAAAUCGUCGAAACAUCGCCACAACAACAGCGAAUUGAGCAGCGGAGUCACCCGUUGGUCCCGCGCCGACCAAUAUCGUCGCAAGUGCUUGUAUCGCUUCAAAAACGCCAAGCCCAAGAAGGUGGAGAAACCAAAAGUCGCCAUUACUGUUGUGAAGAAAAUCGGUGGUGCCAAGAAUGGAGGUGAACGCGUUGUUUUGCUGAAGAAAAACAAGGCCAACUAUCCCGUCAAGGCUGGUGUCGUCAAGCGUACAUCCCACAACUACUUCAAGAAGCAUACCCGCUACACUCGCAAGAACUUGACACCCGGACGUGUUUUGAUUUUGCUCGCGGGCCGUCAUCAAGGCAAACGUGUAGUGUUGUUGAAGGUCUUGUCGUCGGGCUUGUUGCUCGUCAAUGGACCCUUCUGCUUGAACACUUGCCCCUUGCGUCGCAUCUCGCAACGUUAUGUGAUCGCAACGCGCACCAAGGUUGACUUGACGGGCUUCAAGGUGCCCGAGCACAUCAACGACAACUACUUCAAGCGCCCCAAGAAGACCCAGACAAAACGUACCGAAGGCGACAUCUUUGCCAAGAAGGAGGAGAAAUACGUGCCGUCAGAGCAACGCAAAAAGGAUCAAGUUGAGGUUGACAAAGCAUUGAAGGCCUGCAUCAAGAAACACAAGGAGGGUUUGUUGCUCCAGCGAUACCUCAAAUCCCAAUUUGCAUUGAAGAGCAACCAAUAUCCACACCGCAUGCUCUUCUAAAGGAAAUUUAUCUAAUUGAAUAUUGUAAGAGAAAUAUUUUGUGAAAUAAACACGAACGGAAUUUCCAAAAUAAAA